GCACAAUACAUAACAGGUAAAAAGGGCUGCUAAGAAUAAGCAGACGCUCCAGGAAGGAUACCGUUGAACGCGACAAUUGUAUUGCACCAAUCACAUUACGAUCGCAGGUUCCCUCAUAACGCAAGUAGCUUAUCUUCCGGUUCUGAAUACAACGCGUCUGUAUCAAUGAAAACACAAGUCUGGUGUUGCUUUUGCAUGGACAAAUGACGGAAUCUCUUUCGGAAAUUGGACCUUUUUAAAGAUGCACACUCUGCGGUGCUUUGUCGCCGUUGUAUUUGUGCUCGUUUGGUACUUUUCAGCGUUUGGACAGUUAUGGACACAGGCGAUCUUUUUCUUUUUAAGCUUUUUCAGUUUCUUUUUUAAAAACCAAGAACGCGAAACAAGUACUCAGACAGAUGAUUUAACGGAGGAAACGACACGCCAGACAAAGAAGGAAAGCAAUGAUGAGCAGGAUGCCGGGACAGGUCAAAAUUUACCUCAGACAAAGCAAUAUCCAAAUGUGCAGAGGUCACUUCUUCAGGUGUUUAAAUGUGCCUAUGCUUACCUGGUCCAGCCCUGGUACACUGCCCCAGAACCUGGUGAUAGUCAGCCCUUACACAGGGCACUGCAGAACGAGUUUAACCUGGUUGUGGAGAAAAUAAUAUGUAAGGCCAAAAACUUUGAUCUGUCUGCCACCAGUGUGGGUUGUGUUCGGAUCUUGACUCAACACCUCCACCAUGCAAAACAGUCAGACAGUUCCCCGGUGUUUGGCACAAGAUAUGAGGAAAUGGAAUUUCUCAGAACGUUCUCUGAAGCCCUGGUUCGAAAUUUUUUCCCUGAAUAUCUCUGGCAACCAAAGCUUUACCAGUGUUUCCUGACUGAGAUUGUGGCCACCAAAGUGCUUGAUUUGCUUGUGACAAAUCUCUGCAAUCCAGACAACUUGAAUCAGAUGGUGGUUUUGCAGUUGGAUAGAGUAACCCCUAAAAGCUCGGUUGGAGACCUGCUGAACUCUGACAGGGAAGGUACACCAUCCUCCACGGCUAGUGAAGGAGCUGAAGUAUUAACAGAUGACACAGAGGAUGGCAGGUCUGAAGAAACCGGAGAAAAGAAAAAAGGCAACAGGAUCAAAGAAAAAUUUUCUAAAUUUGUUGAUAAGGUCAAGUCAAAGCAAGCCAAAAAGAAAAAGCUUAAGAAGAAGGAGCAGGACCUUUUGCAAAGGGCUUUAACAGCACGCAGACCUGCUGUUAUAGAGGAUGAUGGAGGAAGCAGCAGAGAGUGCUCCAUCAGAAGUAACAUAGACACUGACAAUGACAGUGAUAUGGAUGUUUGCCCAACAAGUUUUCAGGUCCAGGAGGACAGGAUGGAGUUUAAACUUUCCUAUGAGAUGUGGCGAGUGGGGAAGUGGGCAGUCCAAGUUAGAAACGUUCAAAAGGAGAAUGAUGAGUUGUGUUUCAUGGUUCACUUGGAGGAGAGAAAUAAUCCAGAGAAUCUCCAAUGGGAUGUGAGAAAGACCCAGUCAGAAAUUCUUCAUUUUCAUAGUCUCUGGCAGGUAUGUGCUUUUUUAAAGGAUACAUCUGCUUUACCCUCUAUAUCUACAAUAGUAGAAAAAUCAAAUAGGGAACUCGAUGACGCAUACACAGAGGAAGUUAGAUCAGCUUUGGAGCAGUUUUUGCAAGAGCUAGUUUCUGACGCACAACUAAGUCACAGUCAGCCUGUAUUCCAGUUCUUGUGCCCUCUUGCACGGUUACUGAGCGAAGAGGAAGAUGAUGGAGGUGUGUGGGGUCUUCUGAGUGGACUUGCAAACUUUCUCACUCCUGGCCAAGAUGAGGAAGAGUCUCAUAACCUCAGAAGGGAAGAUAAGCUUGAUGAAGCAAGAGCCCCAGUAAAUCAUGCCACACCGAAUCCAGCUCGACUAGCCUGCACGGACACAACAGAAGAGCUGGAUGGAGGCAUUAUGGAAGACGCAACAGCUGUAAACUUUAGGUUUUGGACCCCUCAGGAAUCAGAACUGCAAGUGCAGGACAGCAAACAAAUAUCAGAUGAACCUGACGGGGUUUUGGAAGGACAGGAGAAUCUUGCUGAGAGCUUAGAUAUCUUUGUUAAUAGAUCCAAGUUAAUAAGUCCUGUUGUACACUCCAGUGAUGUCCCAAACUUGACCAGCAACCGUAAUGAAGAUUUACAGGCUGACACAACUGAUGGGUUUAGAAGAAAAAAAGAACAGUUAACACACAAAAAAACAAAUAGCUUACCAAAGCUCAAAGGAAAAGAGAAAACUGGAGAGACGGCCAGUCUGCCACAGGUACAGAAAAAAGAGCUCAACCAGACCAAUUGGGAGCAACUUGAGGCCACCAAAGCCAUUUUUGAUUUAUUGAAGGAAAUAACUGGUAACUCCUUCCUCAUUAAUAUCUUUGUGGAUGCCAUUUUGAAACCUUUCAUGCCUUUGUUAAAAAAAAAGGUGAAUAAUUUUUUAAAUAAGAUGAAUCCAACAGAAGCUCACAUUGCAUCCUACAUUGACAACUUCCGUGACAGAAUAUGGCCUAAUGGAAACAUGCCUCUCCGACCACCACGUGACAGUGAGGAAAAGCUUGAGACCAAGGAAAGGGCAUUGCAGCUCUUAAGUUCAACAUAUUCAAAAUCUCUAAUCCUGAAGAAAGGCGAUGUGGAAACUGUGUUCAAGAUCUUCCAGGAUACAGAUGGGAACAAGAAACUGCUCUAUAGGCUGCUGAAAUAUGUUUUAAGGGAGCUCCUGCCUGGAGAGCCUGCCUUUAAUACAACAACUAAUGUAACUGUGAAUGAUUUUGUUUCAUAAUAUUAUCUAUUUAACUUUUCCUUAAAUUAUGUCUAAUUUUUUAUGUGUAUUAUGUAAUAUUUUUUAUUAUUGUAACAAUAAUAUUCAAUACCAUUGAGGACUUUGAGGAAUGUAUUAAAUGGCUAAUAAAUAUAUUUUACUACUAA